AUGUUCGGAGAACAAAGAAUCAGCGAACUUCAGGAACAAGUUUCUGACCUUAUGUUGCACUUUGACGCUCAGGCAAAGAUACAAGCUCAGUUGGACAGCUCUCAAGUCUCCAAGGAGGAAAUCGAAUCCAGUCAAGUAGGGGUGUCCGCCACUCCGGAAAAGCGACAACGUCGAAAGAACAAGCGAUGA